AACCGGCAGAAGCUUUUCAGUUAGGUGAGCAUUUAAAUCAAGCGGUGAGCACAGAACACAAAACUGACUGGAGUGGCUCGAGUGGAAAACUGAUGAUAUGAUAAAACUUUCAAGAUGAUAUAUGCAGCUCGUUUCUCCGUCACUAUGCACAAGAUGACUCCAACCAUCCCAGGGGCCGCUGAAAAUAACAGGACCGACAACGUAUUCCUUGACUCAGAGUUUCGUUACACUGUCUUUCCUGUAGUCUAUGGUCUGGUCUUUGCCUUCGGGUUAACAGCCAACUGCUAUGCCCUUUAUGUGCUGCACCACAUGCGGGAGUCUAAAGCCAUGAAUGAGAUUCGAAUCUACAUGACCAACUUGACUGUUGCAGACUUGCUGUUUGUGUCCGCUUUACCCUUCUGGAUUAGCUACUACACGAAUCACGGUGACUGGAGGUUCACAGAUCUCCUCUGUCGUAUCACAGGCUCCUUUUUCUUCAUCAACACAUACUGCUCUAUUCUCUUUCUCGCUGUCAUCAGCAUUAACCGUUACUGGGCCGUUACCAGGCCACUAGUGGCCGCUUCUUCCGACUGCUGGAAACGUGGAGCAAUCGUCUCAGCGUUCAUCUGGGUCGUCACUCUUUCAUUUUCGGUUACAUUUCUCAUUCAGCCAGGAAUAAACGAGGACAAAACAACCAACAUUUCUCGCUGUUUUGAAGGUUAUCACAACAAUGCCGACACUGAAAAAAACACAGUGGCCGUCGCCCACUUCAUCAUUAUUGGCUUGUUCUUUCUCGUUUUCUCAAUGGUGAUCAUCUGCAACAUUUUGAUUGCUCAAGUUCUUCUGACACAACCCAUUAGUCAGCCUCAAGCCAGCACAGGAAAGCGCCCCGGUGGUACCAAGCGUAGAGCUUUGAGGAUGCUGUGUGCUGUUAUAGGGGUCUUUGUGAUCUGUUUCCUGCCCCACCAUGUGGUUCAGGGUCCCUGGGUGUUGUCUGUGCUGCACUUGAGGAAAGAUUGGCACGAGAAAACUCAUCAAAGCUUAAACGAUGCUCACCAGAUCACCCUUUUGCUCAUGGCGCUUAACUGCCUAUUAGACCCACUGGUGUAUUGCUUUGCCACCACAAAGUUCCGCAAGUACAUCCAGAACCAUUUCUCAAAGGUCAGGAAUAACAAACACUGCUCACGCAACACAUUAAGCACAGCUAUGUCACUGAAGAGCAGAAAUCAGAGCGAAUUAUAAACAUUGAAGAUUUCUCGCUGUAGAAAACAGCCGAGACAUAUUUGUUGCCUGGUUAUUCUAAUUAGAAUCUUUAGAUUUUAGUGGAAUUUAAUUCCAAAUGAGGUUCUGUUUGGAUUCUUAAAUAUAUUAUUUAAAAAUGCCUUAAACAAGCCAGUCAAAAUCUCUUUUUUGUGUUCCACUUAAGUAGCCGCGAGACUGUGCAAAUGAUGAUAGAACUUCCAUUUUUAGGUGAACUUGUAAUCAAAUGAUUGACGUGAUUUUCAACUGCUGCCCCUUGCAGACAAACAAGAGAAUUCAAGCUCUUCAAAUUAUUCAGUGCAGAUGCUACAUCUGUUAUACUGAGGCUUUUUUUUAGCCUCAUAAUUAAUUUAUAUAUUUUCAUAUUGUCUCUUAAAGAAAUAAAUUCACUAUAAAAGGACCAUACUUUUUUCUUCUUUUGUGGAACACAAAGAUGACAAAAAACGUUUUUUGUUUGUGAACUAUGCCUUCAAAUGUUUUCCAAUGUUGGGGGGGGGGGUUUGAAAUGUGUAGCUGUGGUGUUACUUCCUGUGUUAAGAAUAAUGAAAGCAUGAUUUCAUAUCAGUAGACAUUCUUGAGUGAAGAGGAUGCUGGAGGCUGCACCUUUGGGUCAGUUGUUAUGCCACAGAGGAAACCUAUGUAUGGUUUUGCAAUGUUUUUUCUAGAAUGGGGAACUUGAGCUGCACACAUCCCCUGGAAAUGAGCACUCAAACUUUAAAAUGACCAGCAAACUGCCAUUUUCUUGAUCUAUAAAACCAUUUUCACCCCACAAAGUUUAGUAAUUCUAAUUACAAAACGUAGGUUUUUGACUCACUUUGCUCUUAAUUGUAAAUCUUUGAACUGAAAAGAACAUUUCUGUAUAAAUUCUUUGAAAGUCUUAAUUUAACAUUGUUAAGUUGAGCUCUGUUUUAUCUGUAUAGCUUAUAUAUAAUGCUUUGCAAAGCCAGAUUUUUAAGAAAAUAUGCGUUUAAAUUCCAGGUAAUGCAUUACCAUUUUUAUUUUACAUGA